GUGUAUUGGUGCACGGUUUAAGAGUUUUAGUUUUAGUAUUAGUAUAGAGAGAUGCAUGGUCUAGCACGCACUCUCCAUUUGGCUUUUGGGAUCUUUGCAAAUGGAACUGCUUUUUUCAUCUACUUGGCACCAAUUGUUACAUUCAAGAGGGUCAUCAAGAGAAGGAGCACGGAAGAGUUCUCUGGAUUGCCCUAUGUCAUGGCCUUGCUCAAUUGCCUGCUUUGUGCUUGGUACGGGUUGCCUUUUGUGUCACCUAAUAACAUACUUAUGACAACAGUUGAUGGAACCGGAACGGUAAUUGAGUUAGCAUUUGUGGUCAUAUUUCUAGUAUUUGCGCCCAAGAAUGAAAAGAGAAAGAUGGGAGCGCUCCUUAUUUUAAUUGUCGGAAUAUUUGUUGCUGUUGCGCUUCUUUCGGUGCUUGUUUUCCAUGGGAGAAUCAGACAGCUCUUUUGCGGUUUCGCUUCCUUAAUCUCCACUGCCAUUAUGUACUUCUCACCUCUAUCAGUCAUUAGGGUUGUGAUGAAGACAAAGAGUGUAGAGUUCAUGCCAUUCCUCUUGACUUUUUCCAUAUUCCUAUGUGGCACUGCUUGGCUCAUUUUUGGCCUCCUUGAGAAUGACCCUUUUGUUUAUGUACCAAAUGCCAUUGGAUGUGGUGUCGGAGUAUUGCAAUUGAUACUAUAUGCAAUCUAUAGUCAGAAUACAAUAUUCAUGACCAUCAAGAGAUCUUUUUCCCAAUGGAUGCUCCAAAUCAACGCCAUGCCCAAAGAGGAGAAGAAGCAACCAAGCAUCCCGUCAUCAAAACAUGAUGAACCUGCAGUCUAGUGUGUGUGUGUGUUAUAAUAACAUUGUUAUUAUAUUAAACCAAAUAAAAAUGUUGUGAAGUGGUUACAAAUGUAUUAGUAACAUGUCAAAAUUAGAUAAUGGUUAGUAGUGGGAUUUGAAUGGAAGUGUGUUAGAUUUAUGGAUUAGUUUCAUUUGUGUGUUUGUUAAAAUUAGUGGGUUAGUGACAUAUUAGUCACUAUAAAUAGAUUGCAUUGUUUUCAUUUAAUGUAAGAUGUAAGAGUGUGUGUAUUAAGAAGUUCAAGCUUUAAACUUUCUCCAUAUUAA